CGCAACGGUUAUCUAAACACCGGUGUUAGGUUGGUAGUAGCAACCGAAGUAGCGACACGAAGGUUCAUCAACACCUUAUAAAUUUGGUGUUUAUAAAUAUUUAUAAACGUUUAUGGAAGCUCAAUGUGUGCAAAAUUAAAUAAUGAAUCUGGGUGAUGGCCUUAUGUUUGAACUUGAGAAUGGGAAGCCCAAGCUUGUGUUGGACCACUGUGGUGAGUCAAAGGCCUCCAGUAAGAUGGGAUUAUGCCAGGUUCCUCAGAAGAACAGACCACUGAAAGCCACAGCCACCUCCAAACAGGGUCCUAAAGAAGAGCAAAGAUGGCAGAGAGACAGGAAGUGCAGAGACACCGGAGGUGUAAAUCACGCCGAACAUGGCAGCCGAAAGGGCAAAACAACGAGCAGGGCGGAUCGCUGCAGCGUCAUCGGGGUGGUCAGAGUGCAGUCAGACAGCAAAACCAAGUCCACCAACGAAACGUCUACCGUCCCAGAGAAGAGUUUAGUGUGUUUAACUCAAGAACAGCUUCAGCAGAUACUCAACAGCAUCAAGGCAUCGGGGCAAAACGUCCAAGACGACUCUACAGCUUGCAACCAGAACGGAGCAGCUACAAAAGAAGAAGAAGAAACUGAAACACUGACUAGUGCAACUGUAGAAGAACAGCAAGAAAAAGGAAAUGAGGAAAAAACCCAGAGCGACUCCACCACAGCAGGCCUGUUCGGCACUCUUGGAGAACGAGAGCAGAAGAGGGACACACUCAAAGCUAAAAAAGCACAAUGGAGACGAGAGCUAGAUGAGCAGAUGGCACUUAAAAAGCAGCAGAAAGAGAGCGCAGAGAGGGAGCAAUGCAGAGGCACGGAAGCUGGAACCAGAUCAAGUGACCAGCUAUCAGGGGUACAAGAGGACAGAACAAAACGGACUGAUGGCGAAAUCGCUAAUAAGCAGCCGCCAGCUCCUCAUACACACAGCAACAUGAAGGUUCUUCCCUCUGCUAUCCGCUCCGCGUUUGUACUGGGGGAAGCCGCACCACUGGAGCAUGCGUUCAGUGAAGAGAAGAAGGAGCAGCAGAGACGCUGGUUGCAGGAUUUGGAACAGCAGAGAGAGGAAACCAAACUGCGCAGGAAACUGGAGAAGCAGAGCCAGAGACAGGCAGAGGAUCAUGAGCGCUGGGCCAUGCACUUUGACUCGUUUCAGCGGCGUCUCCCUGUACAGCCUCCUUCAUCUGCAGAGCUCGAUAUGGGCAGCUCUGUCUCCCAUCAUCGCGCCCCCUCUCAGGCUCUAUCCACUGCCUGGGAGGCCAUGAGCUCAUAUGGAGGGGACAGUAUGGGCAGAGCCAGUGUGGACACCACUCAGGGCUUUCAGCCAAAGGCCAGCCACCUGCGUACCAUGACCGCACUCCUGGAUCCAGCUCAGAUAGAGGAGCGUGAACGGAAGCGUGUAAAACAGCUCGAGCAUCAGCGAGCUAUCGAGGCUCAGGUGGAGGAGAAAAGGCGACAGAAAGAGAAAGAGGAGGCGACUCGGCAGGCCAUGGAGCAGGAGGAAGAGCGCCGAGUUGCUAAAGAGAGGGAACUUCUGCAGCAGCAGUACCUCAGGGAUACUCGGCUACAGAGAGAGAAAGAGGAGUUAAAGUCACGCAAAACAGAGGAGCUGUAUUUGAGUAUGCAGAGGGCAUCGGAGGAAGCACAGAAAGACAAACACCUACAGAGAAUUAAAGACCUGAUGAAGAAAGGCCACGAUGUUUCUAAUCUGUUGCGGAGUGAAACUAGCUCACAGGCAUUGAGUCAUCAAGCUUCAGAGAGCUUGCCUACGCUGGACACUAUAACAGAGGCUCCACACACAGCCAGGAAAGACAUCGCCAUUCAGACAGAAAUAAAUCCAGGUAGCCCCUCCCCUGAGACCUAUGGAGGCAAUCAAGCUGCAGCGGAAUACAAGGCUCCUCCUAAUAUAAAAAGAUCCCGACGUGAAGGCAGACUGGCCGAAAAGAACGGCGGAAAAGAGAACAUGUGCACAGCCGUCAGAGCAGCGGAUCCGUACGAAGCCUACGCUCGGACAGACAAAACCCACAGACAACAGCAGCUCAAGAAACCAGAGUGGAACACGCAGAGGCCCGGGAAAGCCUUUGUUCCUGCGUCAGAGCGAUACCCUGCCGCACUGCAGAGGCACAGACAGGAGAACAGGAUGCGCAGACAGAUGGAACUCAUGACCCUGGUAGAGAGAAACACACUUUCCAGAACGGCACAACAAGCAAUACCUCCACAAUCUGGAAAUCCUUCUCGCAUGCAACAGCACUCGAACUCUGCUCACAAGAAAGAUGAGGAUUCGCAUAGAGUACAAUCUGCCAGUCAAAGAGUUCCCUCACCGCCAGUACCUGCAGUGAAGCACAGACUCCGGCUUCUGCCUCAAUCACACGCAGAGGAAAAGUCAGAAAACCGUGGCUGGCCUCCAUCAUCAGACUACGUUCCAUACGUGCGCACAGACGAGGUUUACCACCUGGAUCCUCUCGCCCCGAUAUCCAGACCCGCUACACACGAAGGAGCACAGAAGAUACAUGCAGAUGUGAACAGUAGCAGACAGCACACCCCUCUGCUGCAGCGGGAUCCUCUCUUACACCCAGAGCUGCUAAAGAGCACAGAGAGACAGCAGGCUAUUCUCAAAGGCUUGUCUGAACUCAGACAGGGUUUGCUGCAGAAACAGAGAGAGCUAGAAACCAGCCUUAGCCCUUUAAUGCAAGGGCAAAGCAGAACCCACUCACCGGCUUUCCAGCCCCCAUGAGAGAACCACAAAUAACCACCGAGAGUAUGAUGUACACCAGCACUUUCUUUUUUUCUGUCCACAGUGAACACACUGAGGAUAUGAACACAGCAGUUCUGGUUUCUACUGCAAAAUAAUCAUGCACUUUAUUGACCGUAAUUGUUUUUAAACAGUAUUUAUGGAGUUCCUAAAGGUAUGCUGAUGUACAGCUUUUAGCUGAUCUGAUAAGUGUGGUUAAUUUUAUUGGGUAAGGUAUUAUUUAUUGGGUUGCUAAUUACAAAAGUCCAAUCGAACUUCAUUUAUAACUUGACAAUGUGAAUUUCUCACCGUUUUCAACCAGGUACUUUAAGCUUUUAAUGUGAAUUAAAGUAUUUUUGAUUUUGGUAAAGUUUGUGUCU